AUGGGCAACUGCUGCCCCGGUGCAUCAGACGGACCUGUAAGAACCGAAACAUUCUCGUCCCAGUCGUCUACUACUGCAUUGACUGCAAACAAGUUGCAGAAAUACGCAGACGAUGCACCUAAGCUUGGCUCAAAUCCUUUGAAGGCUCACAAGACGGCCGACAAUCCAGAUAUUUCAGUAGCCUCUUAUGAUGCUAGCACUGCUCCAAAUGAUUUAGAAUCGCUGUUCACAAAGUGGUCUGAGGUCGUAGAUGGAAGUCAAGUCAUUAGCAACUUGGAUGCGCAACAAGUCAUUGAUGCCUUGAACACUGCGCAGAACAAGUCACAACUAGAUCCCAUAUUUUCCAGUGCAAAGCAGGCAGUGGGUCUGCUCGAAUCUGCCAGUCAAAGCAGCGCCGUAACUGGACUAUUCGCCACUCUCAAAAACAUUGAUUGGGUCAAAAGCAUUGUCGUUUUUGGUGAUACGAUUUCUCAGGCACAUCCUUGGGUGAAUGCUGCCUGGUUUGUUGUUGGAGGUGCCAUCAAGAUUAUUCAAAAUAAGAAGAAUGCCGAUAGAGCUCUGAUGUUGGAACUCGUCAAAGCUAUGAAAGAAUCCAUCCCACAUAUUUCCGACAUUCAAGGUAUCGAUAAAGAGUACCAGACACCACACAUUAAAGCAAUCAUGAAUGAUCUGUGCAAGGACAUAUCUGAGAGUGCAGUGUUCGCUGCGAGUAUCAACGCAGACGGGGUGGUCCGGUUUGCCGCGGCUGCUGUAAGCGAGUCUCUUACUGGGGAAGAACAAAAGUACAAGGACUCUUUUGUUGGUAAACUUCAAAGCCAUCGCAAGCAGCUCGACACGGCUUUGGGAACUGGAGGGAUCAAGGCCACUGCCAUAGUUGGCGGAAAAGUGGACAGGUCAAACGCUAUGUUGGUUGACAUCAAAACCAUACUAGUCGAGAGAUUACCAGUUGGAGGAGCUAUAGAUCCACAAGACGAGCUCCGCAACUGGCUCGCGCCUCUGCCUGAUAUGGAUGGAGAUAUUCGCAAGUUGGUCAAGGCCCGUGCGGAGGGUACUCGACAAUGGCUGCUGGAUAAAGUCCAUGCUUGGGCCACCCGACAGCUCGACGACCCAGAGAGUCAACAGGUGUAUUGGCUCUUGGCCCAAGCGGGUGCGGGCAAGAGUGUAGUUGCCGCUUCUGUAGAAAAUCAUUUUAAAUCGCAAGGGCUGUUGGGAGCCAAGUUCUUUUGUAGACACGAUAAACAAGAACGACGAGACCCAGCCCGCCUUGUUGCCUCUAUCGCCUUCCAGCUUUCUAGAUCAACCGGAUUUGAACAGUACGCUGCAAAACUGUUAGAGUUGAAAAAAGAAAAGAACGACCUAUUUAAAUCUUCUGAUGCCGGCUAUUUAUUUGAAGAAUUGCUCGAGAAGCCAUUGAAACAGGUUGAAGCGAGUCUCCCGUCACAACCGGUCGUAAUUAUCAUUGACGCACUGGACGAAAUUGGUCAAUCGCUUGAUGGCCAUGCCAGUGACCAAGAACAGGAAGAAGCCAUCCGACAGUCUGGUGAUCGUGCUGAACUUUUGGAAACAUUGGCCAAAUGGAAGAAGCUUCCCAAGUGGCUACGUCUAUUUAUGACUAGUAGACCAGACAAGGAUAUUCUCAGAGCUCUUCGAGGUCCGUUAACGCCAUCAGAGCUGGAACUGACCAAUGUGAAGAACUUGGAGGAUAUUCAAGAAUAUGCCGAUUCUAAAGUAACGAAAUGGUUUUACAAGUCCAAACCAGAAAAAGACCGAAGAGAUCUGGCAAAGCUUUUAGCAACUCGCUCUGAAGGAUUGUUUAUCUGGUUGAGACUAACAUGUGAUGACAUUGGGAAGGCAACUAGCAAAUGGGAACGUCUUUUAGAAUACACCAAUGACCAGAGUCCUCGAACUCCCAAAGAACUAUAUUCAAAGGCCUAUGACCGUGCUCUCAAGAAUGCUGUAAACGAUGUAGACGAAGAAGACAGAGACCUAGUGACUAGAUGUAUGAAGACGCUUCUGGAGACGAUAGUCUGCGUCCAGACGCCAGUCUCUGGUAACGUCCUUGCCGGACUAUGCAACAUAGAGCCAAACAUGGUGCACAAAGUAUUGUCGAGCCUACUGUCAGUGCUAUCCGUCAACCUACGAGAAUCCCUUGGAUAUGAUAAUGAUGAUGACUUAGAGAUUGACAUGGUAGAACCUGUGCAAGUGAUUCAUAAAUCAUUUACGGAUAUGUUGACAGACAAGAAACUCUACGGUGACGGCCAAUUCCAUGUUGAUUUGACAACCUCCGAUACUACAUUAGCAAAUAAAUGCCUGGAGAUCUUGACCAGUCGUCUGCAAAGUCAACUCGAGAAUCUAAAUCCUGUCCUGGGCUCAUCUGACGAAAUACAAUACGGGAAAGGCCCAAUCGUCAGUGAUAUAGACUACUCUGCUCGCUUUUGGAUAAUCCACGUGGAUGACUCUGACAUAAGCCAAGUUUCCGUUGCCUCAUCCAAUGUACUAGAGGUGGUGGAUGCCGUAUCUGGCCAUGUUUCACGUUGGGGUUCCGCUACAACGAACUCGGCCGGCAACGGAUGCAUAAACACAUUGAAAUGGUUGGUUCAGCAGGGAGCCAAUGUCAACACACCAGACGAUAGAGGACAAACACCACUCUUUGUAGCAGCUGAAGGUGGACACAUCGAACUCGUGCGGUACUUGGUGGAAAAGUGCCAAGCUGAUGUCAACAAACCCGACAAUCGCGGACAAACACCAGUCUUUGCACCAACUAGAAGUGAUAACAUCGAACUCGUGCAGUACUUGGUGGAAAAGUGCCAAGCUGAUGUCAACAAACCAGACAAUCGCGGACAAACACCAGUCCUUAUAGCAACUUAUAGUGGAAACAUCGAACUCGUGCAGUACUUGGUGGAAAAGUGCCAAGCUGAUGUCAACAAACCAGACAAUGACGGAACGACACCAGUCUUAGUAGCAACUAGAAGUGGAAACAUCGAACUCGUGCAGUACUUGGUGGAAAAGGGCCAAGUCAAUAUCAACACACCAGACAAUGACGGACAGACACCACUCUUUGCAGCAGCUUAUAGCGGAAACAUCGAACUUGUGCAGUACUUGGUGGAAAAGUGCCAAGCUGAUGUCAACAAACCAAACAAAUACGGAAAGACCCCAGUCUUUGAAGCAGCUUAUCGUGGAAACAUCGAACUCGUGCAGUACUUGGUGGAAAAGGUAUGCUCGUUUUAA